AUGGCCGCGCGCUCCGUGGCGUCUCCAAAAUACGCCGCCCGGGGAUGCGGGCGCACGCGCUGUACCGCGCCAGGCCAUCGGGCCCGCCCACUUCAGACAGGCAUGGCUACGAGUAGGGAGGACCUGAGGCGGCGGCGAGGGGCUGGUGGGGAGGCGGUCGCAGCCGCCUCAGACUCCGGCGCGAAGGAGUCGCGCAGCCCCCCGGCUCCCUCCGCCUUGCGCCCUGGUACCUUUUGGCUAACGCGCCUGGUGCUGCUGCGCGCCACCGCCUUCAUUUACUGUGAGUGCCUGCCUGGCAGGGGACGGGGAGGCAGAGAUGGAGAAAUCGGCGACGGGGCUUCCAAAUCCUCGCCAUCAGUUCUCUAUUUCCAGCUAACGAUUUUUAUUUGGUGGGGUGGGGAUAGAUAAUAAGCAUCUUUCUCUCCAGCUUUUUAUUUUUUUAAAAAAGAAACUGGCAAGACUGCAAAUCCUAACCUCCCACAUACCCCAUUGAAUUCAUUGGGACUUUCUCAUAAAUCAGGAAACCGGAAGGCGUCGGGCAAAACUCCCCCUCCUUCCCUGCAAAUAAGAAAAAUGAUUGCAAAGGCUGUUGUUGUGGCUCACUCUGCACAGAAACAAGCUGAAGGGAGAGUGAUGCCUCCUGGGGCAAUGAGUGCAAACAGAUAGCUUUGUACUUGGCUUCUACUCUACUAGUUCAGCUUCCAAGUAUUUUACAGUAUUACUUUCCACAGAAAUAAUCAUUUUCUGUAUUCAUAGUUUUUAAAAAAUCAGAUUGCUAAAAAUCAGUUCAGUUCUCUAGGUAUUUUGAUUACCGGUAUCUCCUCCCUCUGCUUCCUGAAUCUUCCAACAUUCAGCUUCUUUCAAUGUCUCUGAGUUCUAGUGUUAUGAGAGAAGGAGAAAAACUUUUCACUGUCCACUUUCUCCACUUUCUAUCUUGUGAAAUGCCCUUAGAUCUUUUGAUGAAGGGUGGUAUAUAAAGCAAAGAAAGAAAGCAUAAUUUUACAAAUUUCUAUCAUGUCACCUCUUGCAAUUCCAGCAAGCUCUGCUUUUGAGAAUGGUCUUUAGGUUUCUAGCUUUGCAAAAGAAAGCUGCAGGUGUGUGUAUUUCAUAACUAUUCUUUCAAGAGCCAAAGCUCACCGGUAGAGCAGCUGUUUUGCAUGUAGAAGGUCCUAGGUUCAAUUCCUGACAUCUCUGGGUUGUGCUUGGAGAGACUCCCUGUCUGAAACCCUGGAGAGCCCAUGCCAAUCAGUGUAAGCCACAGAUAGGGAAUCUUUUCAAUGAAUGGGCAAGAUCCUGAGGCCCCACCACCCCAGCUUGUAACCUGGAAAGAUGGGAGUGGCCACCCACCUUUCACUCUCCUGGUGUUGUCUUGAUGUCAGGUGACCAAUUUUCCAUUUGUAGGGUGGCUUGAGUUCAAGCCAUGCUGCAAAAGAAGAUCCCGGCCAGCCCAAGGCAGGGCUUGGAAGUCAUCACCAACUAGCAUUGCUUUCAGGUUCUCCUUCUGACAAGAAUCAUUCUCAGUGAUACUUUGCAUUUGGCAGCAAUGGUUAAAGGUGCCAAGUUCAAGCUUUGCUUUCUAAGGAACAGUUGGGAGAACAUUUUAAGCCUCCCGGUUGUUCAUUUGCAACCACAUAUUGACAUAUAUGACAUGAGGACACCAGAAGCGCUUCCUGGAACAGGCCCAGCUAGUCAAGCAUCCUGUUCUCAUAGUGGCCAACCGGAUGCCCAUUAUGGGAAGACUGCAUGCAGGACCUGAGUGCGAGAGCCCUCUACCCAUCUGCGGUUUCCAGCAUCUCGUAUUCAGAAGCAUUACUGCCCCAACUGUGGAGGCAGCACAUAACCAUCAUGGCUACUAGCCAGCGAUAGCCUUAUCCUGCUCCUUGAAUUUGCCCAAUCCUCUUUUAAGUUGGUGGCCAUCACUGCCUCUCGGGGUAGCAAGUGCCAUAUUUUAACCAUGUGCUGCAUGAAGAUGUCAGAUGUAGUGUGGGGCUUAGAUAAAAUAGCCUCUCUGGCCAAAUUAGGACCCUGGCCUGGGUUAAUUAAGCCUGAUACUUCCCCAUUGCUUGUGAAGAGACCUCAGUGGACUAUUGGCCUUUCCCUUUAUAAGGCAUCUUCCCUUCGUGGUUCACUACCGCAUGUGGUCAGCACUUUUAACUGAUUUUAAGAAAAUUGAUUGCUUUUUUGUAAGAAGCUUGGGUGGGAAUGGGGAGGAGCAGAUGUGUCUUGAACGUUUUGCAUUUCACGUCUUUUCAUCCGUAUCAAGCAUGAAUAUCGGGAUUAUUUCUUCCUCGAACCAUGACAAUCUUUGGGUGGGGAGAGCAACACAAAGAAAAGGCUGGGGCUAGAUCAGCAGACCUAACAAGUCUAGAUGGCUGAGACUCUGUGCCUGUUGGGUUGUUCUUAUUAUUACCACUAAUGUAUUAAUUGCCUUCUAAACCACAGUGUCAAGGCGAUUUACGCAUAAGAUAACUGAAAAUAGCUAAAAACACAGAAACAAGAAAUACGUCUAAAACUGGACCCAAUUCCUAACAAGUGGAAACUUGUGGUAGAGACCCGUUUGUCCAGAUUGGGGGUACACCACUGGAACAAUGUUUUCAACUGUUUCUGGAAAGUGCAGGUAGUGGGCAACUGUACAUAGACGGAUGAUCUGACUCUGAAUAAGGCAUCUUCCUAUCUACAACCUUAUCCCAUGUAAUGCACAGAAAAUACCUUUAAAACAAUAUGAAAAUGAACAGCUUCUACUGUGUUCCGCUAGAUUUCCAGAAGUGACUUUUACAUUGUGUGAAAGCUUAAAUAUAAUAUGGAAAUUAGCAGUUAGGGAAAACGUCAAAUGGAGUACUGUGUGAAUGCAUCCCAACUGAGCUUCUUGCCAUUGUGAACCUGUCAGGCCUCUAUUUCAGGGGCCUCUUUGUGGCCUCGUGUGUGCUGCUUCUAGAUGUUUCCGUUAUGUCCAACCUGCAUGUAAAUAACAGUGUACACUCUCCGUUUUAUUUCCGUUUUUGUCAGGGUGUAUCUUAUUCCUCAUUUGCUCUUCCUUUGUUUAUCUUUGCUCUCAAGCCAGGAGUGUAAUUUGUACUUCUAGGAGCUGAUGAGCAGUUGGAUGGCAGGCCAGCAAUUUUGAGGUAAAUUUUGAUUAGCACUUGAGGAAAAACUCCUUGGCCAAUUGCAGUGUUAAUCAGGGUAAAUUAGGUUGUGGAGGGUUCCCCACUCCUCACCGACCCUCACCCUGGAAGGAAGGGAAAAAAUAUUUUUAACCAAAGUGGAUAUAUUAAACUGUGGGGGAAGUUUCAUGAAGGCCACAGGCUUGAUUUGGAUUUCUUUAUGUGUCUUAACUAUCAUUUACGACUGCUUUGGUGUGAUGGUGCAAUGUUAUAGCAUAGCCUACCAGACACUGCUUACCUAGUUGCCUGCAGUGGCUAAGUGUUGCCUCUAGGUGACCAAGCAAACAAAUUGAACAAAAAAUGGUGGUUUUGGUUCCCUCCCUAUCCCCCCCCCCGCCCGCUGUAUAUUAUUUAGGCAUAUGUUGGCUGGCAAGCAAAGGCUGUAACCUGGUUACAUUUGUUUAUUUUUUAAAAAAAUUUAUUAACAAUUGCAACAUAACAAAAUAUCAAAACAUAUUAUAUUCAUUAUUUCCCCCUUUUUCCCCACCUCCCCAUCAAACCCUCCCUCCCCCUGAGACUUCCCUUAGCUCGUCCCUCUGAUUUAUACAAUUUUACAGUAUGCAGAGAAUAACAUGUACAUUUGUUUAUUUAGAUGAUUUAUAUCUAUACAUCAUCCUUUACACAAGCCACAGGGUGGUUUAUAGUAAAAGUAAAUAAGAUGAGAAGAAUAUACACAAUCUGUAAAAAGAUACAAGCCUUAAGAGUAACAGCACAACUCAUAGCAAAUCAGUAGGUAACAAAUUACUAAAAGAUGCAGGAAAUGCUCUAAGCAAGCACGCAAGCUGGAAUUUACUCCGACAAGAGGCAAUGAUGGCCACCAACAUGGAUGGCUUUAAAAUAGGAUUGGACAAAUUCAUGGAGGACGAUAAGGCUAUCAAUGGUUAUUACCCCUGAUGGCUAUGUUCUGCCUUCACUGUUGCAGGCAGGAAUGCUUCCAAAUACCAGUUGCUGGAAACUGCAGGAGGGGAGAGUUCUGUGGCACUCGGGUCCAGCUUGUGGGCUUCUCAUUGGGUCACCUGGUUGACUACUUUGAGAACAGGAUGCUGGACUAGAUGGGUCACUGGUACAGCAGCCUCUUCUUGCUCCUACAAUAAUUCUGCUUUACUUGGACUGAUGUGUCUCUGCUAACACGCCUUUUCCCUCAUCUUUUUUCUUUGCAGUUGUAGCUUUUUUGGUGGCUAAGCAUCAAAACAAGGCCCUGAUUGGAGACCAGGGACUCCUCCCUUGCAAGUUGUACCUGGAGAGUGUCAAGCGCUAUUUCAAGGGGAAGAUAAACUUGGACGCCUUAAGCUAUGCCCCCACUUUAAUUUGGUUUUUGGAUUGGUCCAGCAUGGACAGUGUCCUGGAUGCCUUUGCUGUGGCUGGCCUGGGGAUCUCAUCUUUUGUCCUGGUCACCGGCUGCGCCAAUGUGAUCCUCAUGGCUUCCCUGUGGGCUCUCUACCUCUCCUUAAUUAACGUGGGACAGGUCUGGUAA